AUAGUAUAUUUUAUUAUAAAUAGGGAAGGGCUCUCACAUCACCUCUCAUUCCAAAAUUUCACCCAAAAUCGGCAGUAGCGGAAAGAUGUACGGAUUCAAUUCGGCCACUCUCCUCACCGGCGCCGCCCCCUAUGCGAAAAUCAGGCACUCCUCUCGCCGCUCUCUCGCCGGAAUCAGUCAGAUUGUUGAUCCCCGCAAAUUUGAGAGGAAAAUGGAGAAAAAGCUGAAGAAGCUUUCGAGUAAUGUGGUGAUGCUCACGUGCCAAUCAUCUGCAGAUUCUGGCGUAUGCAAUGUUUAUUUGGUCGGAAGCGAUCAUCUUUGUCGGAAAUCUUGGGCAGAAGUCAAGGCUGUAGCGAAAUUCUUGAAACCAGAGGUUUUUUACCUGGAAUUGUGCUCUGAUCGAACUGUUGUUCUUACAGGUGAACUACAAAAGGUUCCGACCAUGAGAGAAAUGGUCGAUAUGUGGAAGAAAAAUUAUCAACCUACUUGGAUUCUUUACAAGUGGUUUAUUCGCAUAUGGUAUCCUCGUUGGGUUCCAUUUAAAGGUGGAGAUAUGCGCGCGGCAAAUGAAGAAGCCAAGAAAUACGGCGCCAAGGUUAUACUUGGUGAUCGACCUGAUGAUAUUUCAUUGCAGAGAUAUCGUGCUAGGACGUCUCUUUGGCAAGUGCACACCUAUUUAUUUGAAGAUACCACUUCGUAUUAUGAUAUUUGGGAAGAUACCUUUGUCCACGAGCGCAACCUAUAUAUGUCGGCCAAGAUAUUGGAAGUCGCGCGCAAGCAUAAAUCAAUGGUAGCCGUUGUGGGAAGCUCCCAUCUAGAAGGAAUACAGAAGAAUUGGAAACAACCUGUUGACACGGAGCAACUACUUUACGUACCAACAGGGAAGAAAAAAGUUGCAUCCAUUGGAGCAGCAGUUGCCAUAAUAUAUGGCAUAUAUCUCUACAUGAAGAAUUAGCACUCUGCAUUCCAUGAGCCCAAUCGAGACCAAGUGACAGAUGUUGCAACAAUGAUGUCCUGAUGAUGUAAUUAGUGUACUUCAUGUUGUUAGUCAAUAGUUAAAGGUGAGCGAAUUUUUUAUUAGUGAGCUGGUUUAACCUUGACAAUGGAAUUAAUUUUGAUUUAAUUCAAAAUUUGGUUGAAAUUUAA